AUGAAUCCAUCAAAAUUGAGUCAAUUAGAGUUGGGAAACUUUGAUAAUUAUAUAGAAGCCCUUUAUAGUGGCUAAUUAUUAAGUGAAAAUGAUGUAAAGGUCUUGUGUUAAAAAGUGUUUAUAUUUCCAUUAUUGAUCAGGCAAAGGAAAUUUUGGUUGAAGAACCAAACAUUGUUUCAGUGAGAGCACCAUUAACUAUAUGUGGAGAUGUGCAUGGUUAAUUUCAUGAUUUAAUCGAGUUGUUUCACAUUGGAGGUAGAUUGCCAGUAAUUUAAUUAUAUUAUUUUAGGACACAAAUUAUCUCUUUCUAGGUGAUUAUGUUGAUCGAGGAUCUCAAAGUGUUGAAACUUUUAGUCUCAUUCUUUGUCUUAAGGUACGUUAUAAAGACAGAUUGACGGUUUUGAGAGGUAUUCAUAUUUAAUUAUAUGAAAGGCAAUCAUGAAAAUAGAGAAAUCAACAAAAUAUAUGGGUUUUAUGAUGAAUGCUAACGUAAGUAUGGUAAUGAAAUUGUAUGGAAACAUUUUACUGAUGUGUUUGGAUAUCUUCCCUUGGCAGCAAUAGUUGAAAACAGCGUAUGUUUUUGGGUAUAAUACUUAGUUGUUUUGCACUCAUGGCGGACUUUCUCCUGCUAUUGAAUCCGUCGAACAAAUUAAAUAAUUAAAUCGAGUCUAGGAUAUUCCUCAUGAAGGAGCCAUUUGUGAUUUAUUAUGGAGUGAUCCUGAAGAAACAAAGAUGGGAUGGGGAGUUUCACCAAGGGGAGCAGGAUGGACUUGGGGUUAAGAUAUAACGGAUAAAUUUCUACAUUAAAAUAAACUAAAAAUGGUUGUCCGAGCUCAUCAAUUAGUGAUGGAGGGAUUUUAACAUGUGCAUCAAAGAAAGACUGUCACUAUAUUCUCAGCUCCCAAUUAUUGUUAUCGAUGUGGCAACUAAGCUUGUAUCUUAGAAGUUGAUGAUCAACUCAAAAUGAGCUUGUAAAUAUAUGAGAAUAUAAUUAUAUAGUUCCCAAUAUGAACCUGCUCCAAGAGAAAAUGAACCUUAAACUACACGAAGAGUACCAGAGUACUUUUUAUGA